GAAACAGAAAUAUAACAAGAAAGAUACUACUCAGGAAAAUAUAAACAGCAUUCUGGAAGGAAACUGAAUCAGUGAUUUGAAUUUAUCAGCUUUUUAAAGGAUCAUAUUAAACUGCCAAUGAUCAUAAGCUGAUCAUUUGGUGAAGUGUAUCUGGACUAUAAUAUCGCUGACUAGUUGAAAUUAUCUUCCCAGAUUCAAUCAUGGAACAAGUACAACGAGACGUUAACAGGCUUUAAAAAAAUCAUAAAAUCAUAAUGAUAUAUGACUCAACAUUGUAAAGUUAGGAUGAGUUAAAGAGGAGGCUUUAAGAGGAAUUGCCUUAUAUAUCAGAUACUCAAAAUGAGCAUUGAAAUACAUGUAAUAAAGAUGUAAGCAUUGAUAACUAAUCAACAUCAAGCCAUGAAAUCAAUUGUUGUUGUGAGAGGAUCCUAUGGCCAGCGGAAAAGGAGUCAGGGUAGCACAAUGAACAAUCACUAAAAAAUCUUAAGAGGUGAUAGUGAUUUAAAUGAAUUAUUCAGCGUACAGAUUCAGAGAAGGAAUUUCCAAACAUCAUGAGUAAAAACAGAAUGAGAUUGUAUAUAAACACUGCAAAAAAUAUCUCUCCAAGUAGAUUGCGUUUCAUUCGCUCUGUGGAGUAAUCAAUUAAGGCAUAUGGAGAGUAUAUACAAAAAGAAAGCACGGCUCUUGCCAAGUUUAAUCAGUAAGAGACUCUUGAAAAAAAUCUAGGUCUAAAAAAACAAGAUGAUAUUUACAUAACAUAUUCAUAAGUAUGAUCUGAAACUUAACAAGACUUUCAUAAACAUUAAAACAAAACCAUUUUAAAACAUACAGAACAAUGAUGAUAGAAAAUUUAACAGAAGUUACUGAAAAUUCCGGGAUUGGUGUUGAAAACAAUAUGUCAGCACCGGCGACAAUAAAAUGUGGAACUUCUCAGUUAGAGUGUGAUGUGAAGACGGAAUAUUGUAAUGAGUUAUAUAACAAUUGUAGCAGUUGUAUUGAACUAUGCCCGUUAAGUGGAAUAUCACAACGUAAGGAAUUAUGUCAAAGGCUUUGCCCAGUAUGGUUGAAAGAGGCUGGGGAUGGUAACGAGUCUCCAGGCCCAUUAGAAGAGGGUCUCUCAAACGGUGCAAUAACAGCUAUAAUAUGUGUUGGUUUGGUGAUCAUUUUCUGCACUACGCUGAUUACUUGGGCAAUGUACAUAGACAAACUUGACAAAAAACGCCAGAAAGAGCUGGAGUUAAAGUGCAAGAAACUUAAAUAUGUGCGACUGUGCAUCGAGCCAGAUGAGAAUAAGUUAAAGUCAACAAAAGUGCAAAUUGACAAUAAGGUCUCACCAAGUGAUAAUCAAAAGAAACAUAGCUCAGAAAGACAGCACAUUCGCCCAAUUGAUAGCAAGUAUCCUCUUCUAGAUCC